AUGGGAUGUGCGGGCAGCAAGGAUCAGGGCGUUGGCGCGAAGGCCAUCAAGGAUAACUUCUCGACCUUCAAGGGCGUGCAGGAAGCCCUCCGCAGCGCCGGCCUCGAAGGCUCGAACCUCCUCCUCGCCAUCGACUUCACCGCUUCCAACCAGCUCGCCGGAAAGAAGACGUUCGACGACCGCAGCCUCCACGACCCCGGCAACCCGCCCAACCCCUACAAGGAGUCGAUCAUGGCCAUCGCCAACACCCUCUCGUCAUUCGACGAGGACGGCAAGGUCCACGUGUACGGCUUCGGGGACGCGCGCACGCACGCGUCGGACUGCUUCUCGUUCAACGCCAACGACGCGCCCUGCCACAGCCUGGAGGAGGUCCUGACUCGAUACACCCAAGUCCUCCCCCGCCUCGACCUGUCCGGGCCGACGUCCUUCGCGCCCGUGAUCUACGAGGCGUGCAAGGUCGUGGAGCGGUCCGGCCACGGGUACCACAUCCUCGUCAUCAUCGCGGACGGCGGCAUCACCGGGAGCGGGAUCGCCAGCGGGGGCCCGCUGUCGCCGAACGAGCGCGACACGAUCGACGCGAUCAUCGCCGCGAGCAACCUCCCGCUGUCGAUCGUCAUGAUCGGCGUCGGCGACGGCCCCUGGGACACCAUGAACAAGCUCGACGACAAGGUCAAGGGCCGGAAAUUCGACAACUUCCAAUUCGUGGACUUCUCCAAGUCCAAGCAGAAGUACCCGAACGACGAGACGCGCUCGCUCGCCAACUUCGCGAAGAAGGCGCUGCAGGAGAUCCCGCACCAGUACAAGAUCGUGACCAGCCUGGGGUACGUGGGCGCGACAAACAAGCCCUCCGUGGUGCCGCCGCAGUGGCGCGAGAAGCGCCCGCUGAACCCGCCGGACUACGACGGACCCGACGUGCCGCCGCCGGCGCCCGGGGGCGCGCCGGGGUAUCCGCCGGCGACCGGCGCGAGCGCGUACCCUGCUGUCGGGGGCGCGGCGAAUCCCUACCCCGCCGUCAACCCUCCCGCGGCGAACCCGUACCCCACGGUGCAGAACUAG